GAAUUCGUGCUAGGGAUUACUAUUUAUUUUUAAAAUUAUAUUUAUUUUCCAAUUUUUUCUGGCUUGGUAAAUUUAAAGUCUAGUCUAAUAAAAACUCGUCGUAAACAAGGUUUCUUUAGGUGCAUCAGUAUCAGUCAACAGAAAAAAUAUAUAUUUAUGGUUAACAACAAGCAUCGCAUCGUUUUAGUGUUGUCGAAUUGCUCAAAGAAAGAUGCGGAUAAGAUUCGAGGAAAUACGGUAAUUCAAACAUAUAAAAAGCAAUUUAAUAAUUGGAUUAUUACACUCACUACAUUUCAUAGCCCAGAUACUAAUUGUGUAUAAGUUGCCAAAUUUAGGUAACUUUGUGUGACUUAAUGAGGAACUUUCUAAACAUUCUUUAAUGAUCUGUUUAUUAAGAAACUUAUGACUCAUAACCGCACGCUUUAAUACAAUUUUCACAAAUUUAACUACGCAUAUCGAGGUAAAACCCAACUUUGAAAUUCAAUAAACGUUUUCUCCUUGAUGUGAAGUAAUGGGUGGAAAUAAUUUGUUGUGAACUGUAUACAUUUAGUUCCCCAACUUAUUUACUCGUUUCAACAACGAAAUGUCUUCUCCGUCGACCCAUAUUUUAUUUAUUUUGUUUUUAAUUAAUUUAAGUCUUAAAACGAGCAGUCAGCUUGAUCGUGAAAUUAAUACUCCUUGCUCCUUAGCUAAUGGUGAUCUCGGAGUGUGUAAAAGAGUGGAUUUAUGUGCAUCAGCCAAAGAAAUUUUGUUAAAGAAGAAGAAACCUAAUAUUUGUAGUUUUGAUAAAAAUCUUCCUUUGAUUCCGAUUGUUUGUUGUGUGCUAGGAGAUGAUUUGCCAUUUGAUCCUAAUUUGUUAACGGUUUUUAAUCAAAGUGUUUUCGAUAAUUUAAAAGAAUCCGAUUUGAUAAGUUCUUCUUCUGGGGGAAUUAAUCCUUUCACCGAAAAAUUAAUCAACGAAAAAAAUAAAAAUAAAAAAAGUGUUCAGAAAUGUGGAGAAUACAGCAAUAAAUUAUAUCUUUAUCCACCUAUAACACCAAUUACAACAAUAACAACCACGACGACAACAACAACAGUCCCCACCACAUUAACUCCUUCAACCGACGAAGAAACCGCUACAUCUCAAAUUUUCGUAGUAAACGGUGAAAACUCACAAGCUAAAGAAUUCCCUCACGUUGCCUUAUUAGGCUAUGGUGACUCAAAUGAUACUCAAUAUCUCUGUGGGGGGGCUUUAAUAAGCGAAAACUUUAUUUUAACAGCUGCGCAUUGCUUAUCAUCACCAGAAUAUCAGAAAAGGCACUCCUUCAGCUAUCUUAAUCCGGUAAACAUCGUACGUUUAGGUGAUUUAGACAUCAAAUCCGAUGAUGAUGACGCAUUUCCAAGACAAUACGGUGUUGCGGAAACUUAUCAACACCCUGAGUAUGAGUUCGAUAAAAAGUAUCAUGAUGUGGGUUUGAUACGGUUAAAUUCGUCGGUUGAUUUUAAUAUUUAUAUAAAACCUGCUUGUCUUUAUACAGAAAAAGAAUUAUUAAACGAUCAAUUUAUUGCGGCUGGUUGGGGGCAAACUUCUUUUGGUGGAAAUACUGCGAGUAUUUUGCAAAAGGUUAAUUUAACUAUUUCAGAUCAUGCAAAGUGUUCUAAAACGUAUACUAGAUGGGUUAAUGGGUUAAAUAAUGGAUUAAUUGAAGAUAUACAAAUUUGUGCUGAAGGAGCCGAGAUACUUGUCAAGGCGAUUCAGGAGCACCGCUACAAUAUCUUGAAAGAAAUGAUAAUCGUUUAUAUAGGAUCGUUGGGAUAACUUCUUUUGGAAUUAAUUGUGGAUUAGUUCCUGGGGUUUAUACAAGAGUGUCUUCUUAUGUUCCCUGGAUUGAAGGAAUUGUAUGGGGUUAA